CGUGGGUGAUUAUGAGCAACACGGAUAAGACCAUUUUGCGCUGAUUAUGACGAACACCUGUGCUGCGCCGCACACAUACUUAGCCGUUGGGUAUUCCUCUCACUUGGUCUCGCAACUCAACUCGCCUUCUCUCCGGCUUACGUGACACUCGCAUCCCAUGGAGGACUAUGAAGCCGAGCGGGAUCAAUUCAGACACUUGCUGUAGAGUAUGUUCGCGCGAAUGUAGGUUACCCAGGGGCAAAGGGGGGAGGGGAGAUCGCAAGACCUCAGUAUUACUGGCAGCCGUUAAAUCCAAGCUUUAGUAUAUUUUCAUAGAGAUGCUGAUUUGGUGUUUCGGGUAGCGUGCGCGUGUUGGAGAUGCCUUGGUUAGCAUUACUAUGUGCUGUGCCGUUUCAGUCAUGCCGCAUUGGAACACCCCGCAACGACUACAAACUCCCGUCAACAAACCUUCAACAAGUGAGGCUACUCCCAAACAAUGGAUCAAAUCCCUCCCGAGAUCCUUGCGAAUAUCAUCAAUUGCCUUGGCGGCGAGGAGAAGCUGACACCGUACGCCUCCGUCUCGCGGCAAUUCAGAUCCGGCAUCGAAAGGCGGACAUUCAGGACUUUAUCCCAUCUCAAAUCUACAGACCUCGAUUUCCUCUCCGCCGCCUUUCUAAAUCACCCCCUAAGACGCACAUAUCUCAAGUUUCUGUGUCUAACCGUCGUGCUACCUCCUCUGCAAGCCUGCUGUCCCGUAACGCAGAUCCCGGACCGAGACGCGGAUUCGGCGACGUACUCCGCUGCUGUGCGCAAGCUCUUUUCUAUUCUGAGGAAGAUUGAUGAUGUGGUGGGGGAUAUUGGGCAGGAUGGUUUGGAGUUGUGCUUCGCGACCGUGGAUCCGCCCUCGUAUAGUAGUCACCGGAUUUGGUGUCGUACCCAUAACCGCCGGGACAUUGUUGGGGCGAUAGCACGUUCGGGUCGUAUUACUUUGGCGGGUGCGGAUGAGCUUCCUUUCCUGAGGGGAGUCGGUUUGUUCCUCUUCAUGGGGUCGCAUGAUUUCAGUUUUGUGGAGCCGGGCGUGAGUUUGGAGGUGGCGGGGAAGAUGCCGGAUUUUUCGUCACUGGUCGUUUACCUAAGAGACAGUUUCACGUUGGGACGAGUCAGGAGGAUUGCAGAGAGACAGCGUGAGAAUUCGUGCAAGCCCUGCGGAGCUACCGACCGGAUCAUCUACACAACUUCAAGAUUUACUUCCCCUAUGAACAAAUCGGUAAUGAAGAAUCAAAGGUUCAGCAGCUGGCACCGCCGGAUAAGUGGGAGCAGGAUUCAGUGUGUAUGAUGAUCAAGUGUCUAUCUACCUGGUCUCUGCUCACGCGCCUGUAUCUCCUGGGCGGCGUCACCCUCCACACCCACUUCUUCAAAAGCUUCCACAAGAACAGCAACUCCUUCGAAUCGCUGGAAGAACUACUCGUAGAGUUUUCUCCAGACACGGCGGAUGGAAGGUGGUUCCUCCAUCGCGACGACCUCGCCUUCCGCGACUCCAAGACGAAUCCCAAAUUCGCCGAUUUCUGGACCGAGUACCACGAAGCGG